AGGAAAAUGGAUCAAAAGAGUCAUGAAGUGGUGGAAGGAGGGAAAGACCCCUUCCCUAAGGAGGUCGAGCUCCAGAAGGGAGCUAAGCAAGCCAGGGUAGCACAAACCUUAGCAGAUAAGAGAGGUGACUCUCAAGUUGGGGCCCCCACCUACACGCCUAUCCUGGUGCUAGAUGGAGCUCCCUUGCCUGUUGAUGCCUCAAUCAAAAAUUUUCAGCAAGGAAGGGCCAAAUACAUGGCCGAUGCAGUGAAGCAGGCCUUACUGCUACCCGAAGACAUGGCUGACAUAAGGUCAAUGAGAAAGCACGAGGUCUUCCUCAAUUUAAAGAGAGACCUCACCCUGGUUGUCCAAUCCGUGCACAGGGUUGAGGAGAUAGUGAACAACUCCCAUUGAAUGACGAAGGGCGAGGAGGCCAAAUGCAUUGCCGCCGUGGAGGCUUUUAGGGUGGAUGAUAAAAAGUCCCAAGAGCUAACCACUAAGUUGACCAAGGCUGAAAGGGACAGGAAAAGUGCUGAGGCAGCCUUAUAUGGGGCAGAGAAGCAGGCUGAAGCCCAGCACAAGCAACUUCGCCAAGCCGAGGCUGAUCUCGCUGCCGCCAGAGAUUAAAUAAAAACUCUGUCAAAGAAACUGGAGGAGGUCGAGAAGGCCAAGGAUCAAGCAGAGCAAGAUGGGUAUGAAGUGGAAAUGGCAGAGACUGAAGAAGCCCUUAGGGCUGAGGUCUCGGAGGUGUGUAGGUACUACUGCCUUUAAGUGUGGAACGAGGCCCUCAACCAAGUUGGGUUAAGGCCUCCUCUACCCUUAAGAGAGCAGAAAGUGUGUACUAUCCUCCAGCCAUUCGCGCUUCAGGCUCCUCGAGCUCCAAGGCUGACACUACCUCUAAGGAGGCAGAUGCUAGCAAGGAGAACCUAGCCAAAACUCUUCCUUCAGUCCAAAGCCCAUCCAAGGAGGCAGAGCUGCCUGAGGUUGCUGAGAAGCCAGCCGAGAUGACCAAGGAAGUGGCCCAUGAUGCCAUCUAGCCCCGAGCUACCCCUAAGGACCCAUCCAAGGAGAAAGAGGCUUCCCACAAUAUGGAGAUUAUGCUAGCAACUCUCCCUAUACCAACCAAGGAAGACCUUAAAGGUAAAGGUCCAGCAUCCUCCAAGGCGGCCUCUACCCAACCUUCCAAGAUUCCAAAGGACAAACUUGUAAUAAAAAUG